UCUAAGCGUUUUUCCAUUGUUAAUCCUUUAAAUCAUGUGGAGUGUUAGACGUGGCAUCGCCUCCGCGACCGCUGAAGGUCUCCGAAAGUUUUCCCCCAAUCUGGGACAGUACUCUCAUCCUCUUCGAUCAUGGUGUCCACCUGUUUCGCAUUCAUCCAACUUGGCAAAGAACCUGGAAGCAACGAGCAACUAUCUGAGGAUAAUAGAGGAACCCGAACUCCCCAAUUUGGUAAAGUUUUAUGAGCAGGUGUGCCGCGGAUGCCAUAGAAUACCUGUUGGCUCAACCAAGCUUAGAAGGUCGGCACUAGACGAUCCACCAAGGAAAUGUUGGCAAAAGAACGAUUCGGAAAAAUACCGCGGAAACAAUUUGUAUUUAAGAAUCAACAAUUCAGCAAAAAAAUCAAACGGCACAAUUAGCGGAUCUAAAAAGCCGCAACGCUUUUUUAUGAACUUAACGAAGCAUAAUAGCCUUAAAAUCAGUAAGAAUUUCCAAAAAAAUAACUUUAGAGCAGUAGCCGGGUCUAAUAUACUUAAAAUCAAUAAUCCGCUCUUAAAAUUGCCGAAAGGAAGGAAUGUUCAUAACCAUUUUAUGAAUUCAAUACAUUCCCAUAAAUUUCUGAUGAACAGAAAUGUCCAAAAUAGUUCUUUGAAUCCAACCAAGCCAAACAACUAUGAAACCUAUAUUCCUCAAAAGAAGCCUUCACAAUCGAUGAAUUCCCAUAACUCAACAGAGCAUAGUGCUAUGAACUCAAGGUUAAGGACAAAGUUACGCUCCCAAAAGUAUGCCGUGUCCGGAGAUGAGAAUGCCACUACAUCACACCUUCAAGAUAACUCCAAAAAGGAAAUUGGCUUAGACCGCAACAGCAUGACACAAUGGAUAAUAGAUAGGAACUUUGUUAGUCCUGGGCCCACCGAUCUCUAUGAUUUUGGACCCCUGGAUCUGCAAUCGUACGCCAAGAACUUCGAGUCCACGCAUAGCAUUCAGCCUUAUAUCAAAAUAUCUUCGCAGAGAGUUGGAAAGCCCAGUACUAAGAGGGCAAGGAUUAGGGAAAAGAAGGUAAAUCUACCACGAGCACCAAGAAGGCAGCUUAAAAACAAGUACUGUAAAACUGGGUCAUGUAAACGCCCUUCCUGUUUUGCGAAGCCAUACAAAUACCACCUGUUUCGGUUCGAAGUCUGUCCGAGAAAACGCAGAACCCGGAGGAAAACUGUGUCCUGUCAGACAGAAGUCAACCAAAACAGGUGUGAAUUGUGUGAUUUCAGUCGACCAAGGAAUGAGCCCGAUGAACCAUUCAUGAUCGAGAUGAGGAGGCGGCAGGAUCGGGAGCAGUUGAAGCAGUACUACCUAAAAAUGGCCGAGAGGGAGAAACAGUACUGUGCAGAUACAGAAAAGCAGGACCUGAAUCCCACAGAACCUAGGAGCAAAUCCUUUUCCAAAUCUAGGACUACUUGCAAUGGCAAUGUUGGGAAGAUGCGCCACGAAUUAAAGAAGUGCUUGGUUACGUUGAACCUUUGUGGUCGUCUUGUCGAAUAUUGGUUGCAAUUGUCCAGAUGCAAAUGAGAAACUAAGUUUGUUUGGAUGUCGAACUUAGUGGGUCUGGAAUCCACGAAACAUUUAAAUGCAUUUAGCAUGUUUUUACAGUCGAACAAGGUUG